GGACAUUUGGCAAUUUACAGGUAGUCAUAUGCGGACUGGAAUAACGGAUGUACAACAGACGUUUAGAGUGAAGACUCUUCACAAGCACAGUGGCUUUACCAUGCAGAACCUUAAGCACGAUAUUGCAGUUCUUCAGUUAGAGGGCAGUGCACAGUUAAGCGACAAAGUGACUACAGUAUGUUUACCAGAGCAAGAUGCAGAUCUAAAGUCAAAGUGCUACAUAACAGGAUGGGGCCGUACCCAUUUUGGUAUAGCUGCAAAUACUCUGCAACAGGCAAAGUUACCUCUCGUGUCACACAAUGACUGUAGAAAGAUCUGGCGUACCAUUGACAGGAGCGCUCACUUGUGUGCCGGAGAGGGGCGAGCAGGUGCUUCAGGGGGAUGCAAUGGAGACAGUGGUGGCCCUCUUGUUUGCGAGAUGGGAAGUAGAUGGUAUCUGCAUGGUGCUGUCAGUUUUGGGAUGAAGGAUUGUCCAACAACUCAUUAUACAGUUUUCACUAGAAUAACAAGUUACAUAUCAUGGAUAUUGCAGAAAAUAGGAGAUGGAGGUGAAGGACCUAACCCACCACUACCCUCACAAAAACCACGACCACCGAUGGCUACGACACCACCACGCCCACCAAAACCCGGCUGUGAAGACAGUUGGGGUAAAGAAUAUUGUUACAACCAUCGUCACCGUUGCAGUUGGCCAUUUGUCAAAAAUUCUUGCCGAGCAACCUGCGGAGACUGUUGAGAUUGAACAAGAACCCGGCAAAAGUCUGAGUUUUUAAUGUAUUAGUCAUUACCGGAUUUGUUCUGUUAUGAUUUCAAUAGGAUGUAGUAACUGGAAUAAAACUGCUCAGAAAUAACGCUUGCUUGUAUGAAUGAGACUGAUAGCAAUAUUACAAGUGAUGAAACAAACUACAGUUCGCGCGCCUUGUCGAAAAGUGGUGGAUGCCAAAGGGCAGCUGACCGCUUAGAAAUGGCUAUGAAGCCCA